UCUAACCUAAAACCCCAUAUAACAAGAAACCUCGCCUCAAAAUCUUGUUUCACUUUAUCAAGAAGUUAGAGACGAGAAAAAAAAAUUGGGGGAAGAAGAAAAUUUAAUGGAGACCCGAUCGAAAAAACAAGAAAAUUUGUUGGAGAAGUUUUUGAUCAAGAACUGCAACAAGAAAAGGAAAUUCAAGGAAACAAAACAAUAUGGAUUUCAUACGUUUGGUGAACCAGGUUACCCUAGUGAUUUCACUGGUACAUUUCGUCAGAAUAUCAGAAAAUUCAUCAAGAAAUGUGGUGAAGAAGAAGGUGUUGAUAUCGAAGGUUGGCCGACUUGGUGCACACUUCUUGUUCAUGAAAAGAUGAAGGACGAUGAUGACGGUCGCGUUAUGGUUCCUCUUUAUACAAUUGAAGAAAGGGUUAAACAUUCGAAGAAACCGUUUUGUGAUCAAUGUCGGAGUUCUGGUUGGGGUCAUCACUUUGUAUCAAAAAGAAGGUAUCAUCUGAUAAUUCCAGUUCAAGAUGAAUGGCAUAAAUUCCCUAAUAUAAGCCUGUUUGAUCAAACUCAUCUCUUACAUGGAUUGAUUCAUUGUAAUGGAUUUGGACAUCUUCUGAGUAUCAAUGGAUUUGAAGGAGGGUCUAAGUUUUUGUCUGGACAAGAAAUCAUGGAUUUCUGGGAUCGAAUUUGUACUGCUCUCAAAGUUCGGAAAAUUUCUGUUGAGGAUGUAUCUAAGAAAGGAUCAAUGGAUCUCAGGCUUCUUUAUGGUGUUGCUGAUGGGCGCACAUGGUUUGGAAGAUGGGGAUACAAAUUCUGUCGUGGAAGUUUUAAUGUCACUAAAAACAGUUACGAUACAGCAAUUCGCAUGUUAAGUUGGUUGAAUCUCGAUAAGAUUAUCAAAGAUUCUGGUAAUAAAGAUGUGGAGAAGAUUAUCGGAACCUAUAGAGAAUUGAGUGAUACCAAGUUGAUUACCAUGAAAGAUCUCCUUCGUUUCAUGUUAUUUGCCUGUAAAGCUUUGUCAGGAGACUCAAAACCUCAUUCUGUUAUCAAACCCAUUACUGGAUCACUUCAAGAAAGCCUGCCAUUCCAGGAUGUCAGCAGCAAACACGGCAACAGAAAGAACAAGGAUAAUGACAGCAAGAGCAGGGAGAACUAUAGCAACAGCAGUAACAAAAUCAGUACUAAAAAAAUCUGCUCUUGCAGUAUGUCUGUCUCUUUUGCUGAAGAAAUGCCUAGUAGAUGGCCUGCCAAAAGAUUAGAAUAUGCUGCAGGAGUAAUUAUGGGUGCCCUUAGAGAAAAGGAUUCUGGAAUGUCUCGUCAAGAAGUAAGAGAUGCAGCAAGAGUUCAUAUUGGUGAUACAGGGUUACUAGACUUUGUUCUGAAAUCUAGCGACAAUUUGAUUGUUGGCGACUACUUUGUUAGCCGAUCCAGAAAUUCAAAAACUCAUACAUAUGAGUUCAAGUCUUGCAAGUGUAGAAACUUAAUUUCUUUUGCUGCAGAAGAGGCUACUAGUAACUGGUCUGCAAGAAAAUUAGAAGAUGCUGCAGAAAUAAUUGUGAAUGCCCUAAAAAGGAAGAGAUCUAGAAUGUCCCGUGAGGAACUAAAAGAAGCAGCAAGGUCUCAUAUUGGUGAUACAGGGUUACUAGACUAUGUUCUGAAAUCUAUCAACAAUGUGAUUGUUGGUGAAUACGUUGUUCGCCGAGUCACAAAUCCAAGUACUAAAAAAUUUGAGUUCGAGAUUCAUGAACUCCAUGGUGAAGAUGUAUGUAAACCGCCGGAAAGUACUUCAUCUGGUCCAGUUGCACCGGAAAGUACUUCAUCUGGUCCAGUUGCAGUCACAAAUCCAAAGACUAAAAAAAUUGAGUUCCCGCUUGCUGAUACUACUAGCACUGCGACUUCUGCUGCUCAUAUUACUUGUACCACUCCUGGUUUAGACCUCUACAAUGAUGUUUUGUAUCUCUUUAGGGAAGUACUUCUUCAAGGGUAUGAUGAGAAGAUUAUAACUGAUUUGAGUAGUCGUCAAUUGUCGGCUCGGGCAGUUUUAGGUGGUAAGCAUUUUGUCAAGGAAUGGCCAUUGAGUGAUGAAGACGAUAACUUUCUGAGCUUUGUAUGUCGACUCAAACCGAGUUUGUUUGAGGAUGGACAGAAAUAUGAGUUAAGUCGGUCAUUUUCACCACCAGGUGAGUUGGUGGUAGUGCCUCUUUGUACAACUAUUGGUGAGUUGAAGAAGGAAAUUCAGUGGGCAUUUAGGGAUACAUACUGUUUGUUGGAAACUUUUGAUGUGACUGAAAUAGAAGGGGAUGAAGGGUUGGAUGAAGGUGAAGUUGUUUCCUUUGCUGGUGAUAUUUGGGUGUCGGGUAAUGGACUGGGUGAAGGGAGUGAUCGGUUGAAGUAUGAGGGUGGCACUGAUAGUUGGACUAUUGAUUGUAGUUGUGGAGCUAAAGAUGUUGGCGGGGAGAGGAUGGUAACUUGCAGUAUUUGUGAGGUAGGGAAGCAUACUAGGUGCAGUGACAUCGAUAAUGCUGAAGCAGUGCCGUGGUUGUAUGUCUGUGCUGAUUGUAAUGCUGCAGUUGAGCUUUUUAAACUACUGCAAGGAACCUGAGUAUGCCUGAAUAAGGUUAUAGUGGUGGGUACUAAUUGUGUGCCAUGAGUUUCCAGUUUAGUAUGAAGCUUUGAGUGGGAUAAAACUAAAAUUGUAUAGAGAUAUCCACUUUUUAGGAUAUACACAGAUUCACUCGGUUUGUUUAGCAAUUCUUUCUUAUUUAAAAUGAUUUAAAAUGAACAAUAAUGAGUGGGUACAUUGGUGAAUGUUAAGAGUUUGGUUCUUGAUAAAGUAGUAAAAUAAUAAAUAAAUUUUGGUUGAAUUGCUAUAUUUUUAGUUUGUAUA